AUGGCAACGCGCCUGGCCGCCUGCGAGACUUGUCGGAAGGCUAAACAAGCCUGCGAUCACGGGCAGCCCGUUUGCUCGCGCUGUCAAAGCAGCGGAGGUAUCUGUAUCUACCGCACGGCGCCGUUCAAGCGGAGGCGCACCGAGAAACCGAGUCUACGCUCGCCAGACCCGUCGCCAUCCUUCAGUCCCAGGCGAAAUCCGUAUCCGAAUCCCGGGUACUUGGGCUCGUCCAGCCAUGCCGCCAUUUUCAAACAUAUCGCGUCCGACGACCACAGUCACAAUGCCCCGGAAACGGAGGCGCCGCAAUCGGUCGGUGACAACUACAUGUUGCUGCAAGGUGCAGAUGUCCUUAGGCACCUGCUAACCCGUUAUCCACUGUCUGCUAUGAAGGAGCUGGUCACGUUCUGGUUAGCCAAAGGAGCCAAUCUGGCCCUCGCAGAGCCGUUCGUCGCACGAUGUGCCGAGAGCGUGAGUCAGCUCUUUACACUCCAUGAUGACAACUGGCAUUUGGUCUAUGCGCGACGUUUACUGGAAAACUCCGCCAAGCCGCUGCAGUUCAACGAGCACUCCGAUCUCGGCACGUUCUCGGCCCAGUUUCUGGAUCAUAAUGCCCGAUGGGAAACGCUGGGGAUUUUCUUUGCGGCCGUGAGCAGAGCUACCAUUGAUAUACCCUUCUUUCCAUUGCUUUAUACAGCUGAAGAAGAUCAAUAUACGCUGAGGAGACUUGUGACCAAGCUGAGUGAUUUCGCUCUGGAGGUCUCCCUUUCUCUAGACUGCUUGAAUGAUCUGCAGUUGAUUGUGCAGUAUGAGAAUUUCAUUGUACACUCCUACGUGGAUGGUGACCAAAGCUACCACUCGUGGCGCAAACUUGGUGAUGUAAUAUCCUCAACCUUUGCACUUGGUUACCACGAGAAUUUGGAGACCAAACCGGGAAUCCCCCUCUUUCUGAUGGAACUGCGCAAAACUGCAUUUGCCAGAAUCUACUCCGCGGACAAGAACAUUGCAAUCUUUCUUGGGAGGCCACCGCGGAUGAACAAGCGUUUCUGCCAUUUCCAGAUCCCGUUUGACCAUCAGACGCCGGGCCAGAGCAGCUCAAAUGAAUGGGAUCCGGAUUCGAAACCUGGGUAUAGAGCAGAUACGCGCUGGUCUGCGCUCUGCGCUUUCCUGAAAGAGGAGGUGUGGGAGUUGUUACAAGAUAAGCAUGAUGCUGCAUGUGGCCAGCGGGCGAGUAUAAUUCAAAGAAAAGCGGAAGAACAAUGGGAGGCCCUCCCAGCCCACUUUCGGCUAGAGAGCAGCCUGAAACAGUGCGCUCGGAGCCCGUUCGAGCGAGACUUCCUCGCUCAUGUGCGAUUGACACAUCUACACGUCCUCUUCCUGCUUCGUCUGCUAUUGUUGAAUACACUCACCGAGCCUGAUAUUCCAAUCAUUGAAACAGCAGGGCAGAUGCUCGCCCUCGUGGUCGAAAUAAUUCUCCUCCGUGAGCAAUUGACCAAUUCUGGGACUGGUCUUAUCUGGAAGGUUGCUUACUACGGCCUCCCAGCUGCAGGAAUCCUCCUCCUAGCACUCCUAAAACAACACCCCCAUGCCCCGGGGAUAUCCCGCAACAAGAUCCUCCAAGACCUAAGCGUGUUCGUCGCAGAAGUACAAAUUGGAACUAUCGUCAAACCUGGCGACCCGAAUUAUGCACUGCUGUCCAAGGCCACGUCGACUAUCCAGCGGUUCCUGGAUUCCUUCCACUCGGAUGCGGGGCAGCCUCCUCUUGAAGCAGGACACGAGGAAGGCAGCGAUGACUGGGCGGCGUUGCUGAGCCAGGAUCUGUGGGAUGCCGAGGCUGGGUUUUGGCAGAGUUUGGCGGACCAUCCUUCUUUGUUGGCGUUGGAUCCACCGCUGCUGAGUGUUUAG